AACCUAAUAUGGCGAUAAGUAAUUGCCCGUUCACAGUUCCCAGUUCCCAGUUUCCCUUCCCACUCACCAAGUAGCAUUAUAAGUAGAACACCUUUCUGCUCCCAAAACACAAAUUACAGCAUCUCAGAAUCAUGAAGACUCCAACCAUUUCCACCCUCAUAUUCUUUCUUUUUACUGUCUUUUCGUGCUCGUGUGCAGCUUCUGCUGACGGAAACGUCCAUGGUUUUCUUCUAUGUCUCAAGGAAGAAUUUCAAAACUAUUCCUCAAUUUCUAGCCUUGUUUACACCCCUAUCAACUCUUCUUACCAGUCUGUCCUUGAUUUUUCAAUCCGAAACAAAAGAUUCAUGUCAGAUUCCACCCCGAAACCAUUAGUGAUAAUAACCCCCGAGUACGAGUACCAAGUUGCCCCUAUUAUCUACUGUGCCAAACACAAUCAAUUGCAAAUUAGAACUCGAAGUGGCGGCCAUGAUUUUGAAGGACUGUCUUAUGUAUCUGAAGUCCCAUUUGUGAUCAUUGAUUUGCUGAACUUCAGUGAAAUAACAGUUGAUGCUGAGCAGAAAACUGCAUGGCUUGGAGCUGGUGCAACCAUUGGCAUGUUAUAUUAUAAUAUCGCGAUUAAAAGCCCAAAACUGGCGUUUCCAGCCGGUUUUUCCCCAACUGUUGGUGUUGGCGGACACUUCAGUGGGGGAGGCUGGGGUGUAUUGCUCAGGAAAUACGGCCUAGCUGCAGAUAACGUUAUUGAUGCUAGGAUAGUAGAUGUUAAUGGCAGGAUUCUCGACAGAAAAUCGAUGGGUGAGGACUUAUUCUGGGCCAUUAGGGGUGGUGGAGGUUCAAGUUUCGGCGUAAUUCUUGCAUGGAAAGUACGAUUGGUAGAUGUUCCAGAAACGGUCACUGUUUUCACUAUCUACAGGGAUUUGGACCAAAAUGCCACUCAACUCAUUCAUCGCUGGCAGUACGUCGCGCCUAACUUCGAUGAAGACUUAUUCCUCAGAAUCGUGGCUAGAAGAAACGUCAGCGAGGGUGGAAGGAUGACCAUUCGUGCAGCAUUUAACUCUGUUUUUCUUGGUGGUGUCGACAGACUGCUUGCGGUGAUGCAAGAAAAAUUCCCCGAAUUGGGCUUAGUAAGAGAUGACUGCAUAGAAAUGAGCUGGAUCCAAUCCAUCCUGUAUAAUACCGGAUUUCCCAUAGACUCACUUGAACCUUUGCUCGACAGGUAUCAGCCUGAUGUAGGAUACUACAAAGGAAAAUCAGAUUAUGUGCAGGAACCGAUGCCCAUAAGCGGGUUUGAAGGCGUAUGGAGACUGUUCUAUGAACCAGAAGGCAGCGAAGCAGAGUUCUUGUUGACCCCAUAUGGUGGAAAAAUGGCUGAAAUUCCGGAUAAUGCAACUCCAUUUCCUCAUAGGGCUGGUUAUCUUUACAAGGUGCAUCAUAUGGUGUUCUGGGAAGCAAAAGACGCACAUAAUGCUCACAAGUAUAUAAGUUGGAUUAGAAGGCUUUACCGUUACGUGACUCCUUAUGUUACCAAGUCCCCUCGGGGAGCUUAUUUCAAUUAUAGAGAUCUUGACAUUGGAGUGAAUAACAAUGAAGGGCCGAUAAGUAUUGCAACAGCAAGAGUUUGGGGCGCCAAGUAUUUCAAUAAAAAUUUCAAUCGAUUGGUUCAGGUGAAAACUAGAGUUGAUCCAAAAAAUUUCUUCAGGGAUGAACAAAGCAUUCCCCCAAGGCGAUGGUGGACAGGUAAAGAGGACAUAUAAGAUCAUAUUCAUGAGGAACAUUACGUGGUCAUGCAGACUUCCAGGAUAUGUUUCCUUUAAUUUGAAUCCAUACUGCUUUGUGUUUCUUUUGUCUUUCUUUAGCAAUAAUUUAUGCUAUAUCAUAUCGUACGAAUAAAUCUGUUGUGUUGGUGAAAACAACUGAAGAUGUGGUUGUCUGGAUACUGAAAAAAGACUAGCUAUGUUAUGCUUCAAUCCUGUUCUUUGUGCA